AUGCUCUUCGCCGACCAGCUCCGCCACAAGAACGAGGAGACGUGGAAGCGCGCCGUGGACCACACCUUCGUGCACGACCUGUGGGCGGGCAGUGUGCCCGAGAAGGUGAUGCGGGAGUACAUCUCGCAGGACUUUCUGUUCUCCGACGCCUUCGUUGCGCUCCUGGGCUCCGCUGUCGCGAACGUGGACGACGCCAAGGCCCGCCUCGUCUACGCCCGCCAGGUCGGCUUCAUUGCGACGGACGAGGAUGGAUACUUCCAGCGCGCGCUCGAGCGCCUCGGAGCCAACAAGCCCGGCGACAUCCAGCCGAAACCCGCGACCAAGGGCCUCCUCGACCUCAUGAAGAAGUGCAAGCGCAGCUAUCCCGAGGCCGUCACCUCGCUCCUCGUCGCCGAGUGGCUCUACCUCGACUGGGCCACUACGCAGCCGAACACAAGCAAGCCUGACGACUGGCUGUACUCUGAGUGGAUCGAUCUCCACCGCGGCCCCGCUUUCGAGACCUGGGUCACGUUCCUCCGCGACGAGGUCAACCGCGUCGGAGCCAGCGCGGACGACGAGACGAAGAAGCGCAUGGAGGAUGUCUUCAAGACUGCUACGGGGCUCGAGCUCGACUUCUUCGAGGAGGCCUACGCUGAGUGA